GGACGAGGAGCCUUGGAUCCGGCGGGGGGGCGGAGCCGGGCCGGGUUGACCCCGCCUCUGGACCUACCCGAGUGACGUUCCGAGAGCCCAGAGCAUGUUCCAGAUCCCAGAGUUUGAGCCGAGUGAGCAGGAAGACUCCAGCUCUGCAGAGAGGGGCCUGGGCCCCAGCCCCGCAGGGGACGGGCCCUCAGGCUCCGGCAAGCAUCAUCGCCAGGCCCCAGGCCUCCUGUGGGACGCCAGUCACCAGCAGGAGCAGCCAACCAGCAGCAGCCAUCAUGGAGGCGCUGGGGCUGUGGAGAUCCGGAGUCGCCACAGCUCCUACCCCGCGGGGACGGAGGACGACGAAGGGAUGGGGGAGGAGCCCAGCCCCUUUCGGGGCCGCUCGCGCUCGGCGCCCCCCAACCUCUGGGCAGCACAGCGCUAUGGCCGCGAGCUCCGGAGGAUGAGUGACGAGUUUGUGGACUCCUUUAAGAAGGGACUUCCUCGCCCGAAGAGCGCGGGCACAGCAACCCAGAUGCGGCAAAGCUCCAGCUGGACGCGAGUCUUCCAGUCCUGGUGGGAUCGGAACUUGGGCAGGGGAAGCUCCGCCCCCUCCCAGUGACCUUCGCUCCACAUCCCGAAACUCCACCCGUUCCCACUGCCCUGGGCAGCCAUCUUGAAUAUGGGCGGAAGUACUUCCCUCAGGCCUAUGCAAAAAGAGGAUCCGUGCUGUCUCCUUUGGAGGGAGGGCUGACCCCGAUUCCCUUCCGGUGCGUGUGAAGCCACGGAAGGCUUGGUCCCAUCGGAAGUUUUGGGUUUUCCGCCCACAGCCGCCGGAAGUGGCUCCGUAGCCCCGCCCUCAGGCUCCGGGCUUUCCCCCAGGCUCCUGCGCUAAGUCGCGAGCCAGGUUUAACCGUUGCGUCACCGGGACCCGAGCCCCCGCGAUUCUCCGGGGGCCGCGCUCACUACCAAAUGUUAAUAAAGCCCGCGUCUGUGCC